GUGUAUGUAAGCGUUGACACAUCUCGUGGCAUGCCAAUAGCACUUAUCCAGUUGACGAAUCGUGCCCACAGACGUAUACGGGAAUAACGACUACUUUGUUGAAUUUGAAUUAUUCUGAGUGGAAGAAACAGAUCGAGUACUUGCAAACUGAUAAAAUUUCACAGCAUAAUUUGUCAGAAACUCAAGACUUCUGUUUUUUAACAUCUCGAUGGAGUCCCAGAUCGAUCAAUUGACGAGAAAAAUGGAGAUUGGGGACCUUGUCGCAGAAAUGGACAACGUUUCCAUAAAAGUCCUGAUGAACCCCCUCAUCCUGAACAAAAUAUUCUCCACGUUGAACACGACCUAUCUAACCGGACUAAAGUCGGCUCGACUCGUGUGCUCGGUUUGGGCGGAACUUGGCGCCAAGUUUCUAGACGAGCAGGGCAGCAUCUCCUUCUCCACUGAUCCCGACAUAGCUUCAAAAGAACUGCUGUCUUUCAACAAGAAUUUGGCAAAGAACGUGGCGCUGACAAUUUGUCGCGACCAUUCGUCCACGUGUAUAUGCUCCCUUCAAGAGGUCCAAUCCUACCACUAUCUUCCCCCCAAUUCCAUGCAAUGUUUGCCUGAGAUUUACAGCGUAAUGGACACCCUGCAGGUAACACUGCAGGUGUUGCAUCCCCAUCUGGAUCAAAUGUGGAACACGUAUGAUUUCCCAAAUCUGACACACAUUUCCAUCAUUGCGAAUAUACUGGUUCUGAAGAAUGAAAAAGACAUCGUGAGACCGGAAGAGGAGGUGGAAAUUCGUGAAUUUCGACCACUUCCAAAUCUGAAGUUGCUCCGCUUGAAGAUAAAUCCAGCCUGGGAACAAUUCUCGUCCAACUAUGCCCCCAUUUUCCAACGGCAACUCAAUGCUUCCCCCAACUUGGAGGAAUUGAACAUGGAAGCGAAUUUCUACCCUGAUUUGACACCGUGUAAAUACUUGAAAAAGUUGACGUAUGAGUAUGAAAUGUAUCACGACCCUUUUUCCAUUGUAACACCAGACAUGAAUGAAUUCACCAGAAUGCUGAACAAUUGUCGGGAUAGUUUAGAAAAUUUGUGCGUGAGGUUCAAGAACAAAAAUUCUGAUGUAGUCAAGCUACGUUUUGACUUGCCCAACCUCACCCACUUAACCAUUGAUGUUACGGAUGCGUAUAAAAUUGAGGACUCAUUGAACAUCUCCAGUCUUCCAAAAUUGGCCCAUUUGUCCUUGGAUUAUUCCCUUUUUUGCAAGUUUUCCGUUACCGGUGGCAUGCGGCACAGCGGGAUAACGUCUCUCCACGUUCGUUGCACCCAUCAUGCCAAGGACGCGAGGCAGGAGGGACAAGCUGUUGCGGCCAAAUUCGUGAACCUCUUCCCAACCGUGGCGAAAUUGGAGUUGGAUUUAAUGGUGGAGUUUGACAAAAUUGUGGAGAUGGAUUACGUCGCUUUGAAGGAAACCGUGGAGACGUUUGGUGGCUGGGACUUGUCCUCCGGGGAGGUCAAGGUGGCUCAUCAUUGUUACAUCUAUGCCGGAAUGCGUUCGAAUGGAGGGUUUGAUUCCGACGGUGUGAUUGCCAUUUUGGAAGGAAUAUCUGGAUGGAGGGGUUUGGCGAAGACAAGCCUGAAAUUUGUUGGCGGUUACACUGCCGCGGAGUUUGACUUUUCGGACAAGAUGCGCCACGCUAUGCUGUCCUGCAGGAAUAUUCGAAAAAUGAUUUUGGAUCAAUUUCAAAUGGAGGAGGAAACUUUGGACGAGCUGGAUGAAUUUAUUGAAGAACAUGAAUUGUCCAUUAGCUUUCCUCAUUUGCUCAUUGUCCACCCAUUUUUCGGGUCAAGAUUGCAUUAACUAUAAAUAAAGUUGAAGCAGGGAAAAAGUUGGCUUGUCUUUAAAUACUUAUAUGUGUACCUAAUCCCGACCAAAUCUAUGUAUACAGCGUUGCAGAAUUACAUAGAAUUUAUUUUUAAAAGAAAUUCAAUUAAAUUUACAUUGAGAUUCGUUCUUGGAGAAAAAAUCAGUUAUUGUCUUUCGAGUGGCUUCUUUUCAUUCUCUCAAGGGUAUGGAGUUUACAGUUCAUAAAAAUGUAGACUUAUGCUUAAAUACGCUGUAAGAAUAAAAAUAACUCUUAUGAAGUCAAGAAUUUCUGAUUCCUAUUUAUUAUGUCAGGAAAUAAAGACCGAUAGCUUCUUGGUAAUUAAUUCUA